AUGCACCAGAGAUCGUGUAAAAUAAACAAAUCUCUCAAGCCAGUAACUCAAGAAGAUAAAUCAAACGACAGUCAGCCAAUAUUUCAACACACGUCAACUUCAACAUCUACUCCAAAGCCAAUACCCGGAAUAAAAUUGCCCAAAUCAUCAACUCAGUGGUCUGAGGCCAACGCAUUCUUUCAGCUGGUAUUUAGAAGUCUAGACGCUAUCUCAGAUAUCGACAGUUUCGCUAACAGGUUCCAAGAGGCAAUCUAUUCAUAUUUUGCUGCUAACUGUGGCACUUUAAAAAUGAAAUCAAAACCUGUUGAGCACAUAAAUCGUGAUAUUAGGCUUUUAAAAACAAAAUUGAGAAAUUUAAAAUCGUUGGCUCAGAUUGACCCUCGAUUCAACAAUGAAAUACGUAUGCUGAGCAAACAGAUUAGAGCAAUACUAAAAACCAAUAAAAUACUAAAAAAUGAUAACAACAACAUUUCUUCUCAACUGAAGAAAAACUUUUGGAAAACAUGUAACAACAUCUUUUCAAAUUCAACUUUGCAGUCUCCACACCUCAGCAUCGAAGCUGCCACCAAUUUCUUCAAAAACAUCUUGAACGCUGGCGAUCGCACAGCGUUUCGCAUCCCUAAUUGGAUUGAUUCACUUCCUGCUCCUUGA